AUGAACACAGUGUGUGUCUUGCUCUCCGUGCUGCUGGUCAGCACUUCCUGUCAGCCUCUGAGUGACAGUCAGCGUCUUUUCUCCAUCGCCGUCAGCAGAGUCCAACACCUGCACCUGCUGGCCCAGAGGAUCUUCUCCGACUUCGAGAGUUCUCUGCAGACGGAGGAGCAGCGGCAGCUCAACAAAAUCUUUCUGCAGGAUUUCUGCAACUCGGAUUACAUCAUCAGUCCCAUCGACAAACAUGAGACCCAACGCAGCUCUGUGCUGAAGCUGCUGUCCAUCUCGUACCGCCUCGUCGAGUCCUGGGAAUUUCCCAGCCGCUCGCUGUCUGGAGGCUCCGCCCCCAGGAACCAGAUCUCCCCAAAACUCACUGAGCUGAAGACUGGAAUCCACUUAUUGAUCCGGGCGAACCAGGACGGGGCGGAGAUCUUCCCCGACAACUCGGUGCUGCAGCUCGCCCCCUACGGAAACUACUACCAGAGCCUGGGCGCCGAGGAGUCGCUGCGCCGCUCCUACGAGCUGCUGGCCUGCUUCAAGAAGGACAUGCACAAGGUGGAGACCUACCUGACAGUCGCUAAAUGUCGACUAUCUCCUGAAGCCAACUGCACUCUGUAGCCACACCCCUCUGUGAUGUAGCCCCGCCC